CUCUCCGCUGUGAUCCAAAGGUUUCUUUGGUGAUUUGUCUUUUCUUUAGAGCAUCAACGUUUGUAAGAUUAAUUAAAGUUUUGAUAGACUUUUUUCAUAUUUAUUGUUUCGCUCAUUUAGAAGCUUUAAUCAUGUUAUUAACUGGUUAUUUGGUGAGUUUAUUAUGUUACACCGUAACCUGGAAUUGGUCAAGUGCAACUCAGGUAUUGCGACCAAGAGGAGUUGCUUUGCAAAAAAAAAUAUUUUAUGAUCCAAGUAAAGACUUCAAUUGUCUUGACGGUUCUCUCAAAAUUCCUUUUGUAUUUGUCAAUGAUGAUUACUGUGAUUGUGCCGAUGGAUCUGAUGAACCAGGUACGCCAGCAUGUCCAAAUGGUGUAUUUCAUUGUUCAAAUUUAGGUUAUCAAACUUGGGAUAUCCCAUCAUCACGUGUUAACGAUGGAAUCUGCGAUUGCUGUGAUGGAAGUGAUGAAUAUAAUAGUACCAUUAAUUGUGUUGACAACUGUAGUGAACUGGGAAAAGAAGCUUUGGAAGCUGCCCGACGAUUAAAAGAACUUUUCAGUGAAGGGUCAAAAAUUAGAUUAAACCUAAUCAAAGAUGCGAAAAGCAAAGCAGAAGAAGAUGAGAGGAGACUAGAAGAGUUCAGAAAAGAAAUGGAAAAAGUUGAAAAUACGAAGAAAGAGAAAGAAGCAAUUAAAAAACAAGCAGAAGAAGAAGAGAAAGCAGCUCUGGAUAAAUUUCGUGCAGAAGCCGAUGCUCAAAGAAAAGCUCAGGAAGAAGCUGAGAUGAUUAAAAUUGAAGAGAAAGAAAAGUUAAUGGCUGAAGCUGCAUUCAAGGAAUUAGAUAAGAAUAGCGAUGGAAUUUUAAGUUACCAAGAAGUCCAACAAUUUAUUAAAUUUGACCAAAAUAAUGAUGGAGUAGUUGAUCCCGAUGAGGCUAAGUUUUUCUUACACAUGAAAGAAGAAAUGAGUCUUGACGAAUUCACCACGACUGGUUGGAUUAUUAUGAAGCCUUUCUACUUAAAAGAUAAAACGCCUGAACCACUCCAGAAUGAUCAAGCUCCAUCUGAACAAGAUGCAGAUGGUGAUGUAGAAGUAGAACAUCCCUCAUACGAAUCUGAUGGUGAAACCGAAGAUGAUGUUGAAGAUUCUAGUAAUAAUGCGGAAGGAGAAGGAGAAGGAGAAGAUGAGGAUCAUGGUCCUCCUUAUCAUUCACCUAAAAGACCUCGACCUGAUACAACUGUAACAGAAGCACCUCUUCCUGAAUAUGAUGCUGAAACUUUAGCAAUCAUUGAAAAAGCUAAACAAGCCAAGCAGGAAUAUUCUGACGCUGAAUCCAAGUUUUUGAGCCUAAAUAAUCAAAUCAGAGAAAUCGAAGCAUCUUUGGAAAUGGAUUACGGUCCUGAAAGAGAGUUUGCCACUCUUCACGGUCAAUGUUUUGAAUUCAGUGAUAGAGAAUAUAUUUAUAAAUUCUGUCCAUUUAAUACAGCCACUCAAAGAUCGAAAUCGGGUGGAGGUGAAACCAAUCUUGGAACUUGGGGUGACUGGACAGGAGGAGAUUCAGAUCGUUAUUCAAGAAUGCGAUAUGAGAAUGGUGUACAGUGUUGGAAUGGUCCUGCUCGAUCAGUUGAAGUUUACCUUAAAUGUGGCCUUAACAAUGCUCUGUUAUCGACAAGUGAGCCUUCGAGAUGUGAAUAUCGCUUUGAAUUCGAAACUCCUGCUCUUUGCAGACCAGAAAAUCAAAGUAAUUCUCAUGAGCAUACCGAGCUUUAAAAUUUGAGCAUUGAAAAUUUAAUGAUGAUAAACCAUCAUUCCGAACAAACAAACGAUGUCAUUUUUACAUCAAGUCCUUUUAAUGUGAUGGUUUUUUCCUUUUUUCAAUGCACAUUCCUUCGAAUUGUUAAUAAUUCAUUUAUUUAUAUU